CAGAAGCCGGAAGUGUAGUGACAGUGAAACUUCUCGCCAUAUUAGACAUUCUCUGAGUCUGUGUUGUUAACGGUGUAAACACGUAAUAAUUUUCGUUAUAAUGGAAGCUGUUGUUGGUGAGGUUGUUGCCCCAGAGGAUCUGGAGAAAUUUGAAAAGAAAUACAAGGCAGAGUUAUCAAAGGGCUCUGUGUCUAAAGACACGCAGUUCGAGUAUGCGUGGUGUCUGAUCAGGAGCAAACACCCGGAGGACAUCAAGAAGGGAAUAGUGCUGCUCGAUGAACUUAUCCAUAAGGGUACCAAGGAUGACCAGCGGGAUUAUCUUUUUUACCUGGCUGUUGCCAACUAUAAGCUCAAGGAAUAUGAGAGAGCUCUGAAAUACAUUAAGAAUUUACUGAGGAAUGAACCAGGAAAUUCUCAAGCUGAAGAACUGGAGAAACUCAUCGAUAAAGCCAUGAAGAAAGAUGGGCUGGUUGGAAUGGCAAUUGUUGGUGGCAUUGGACUUGGUUUGGCUGGAUUGGCUGGUCUCAUUGGUUUAGCUGUGGCUAAGAAAUCUGCAUAAGAGGAUGAGCCGAGCCAAAUCAUAAUGCCUUGCAAAUGAGAAAAGUAUUAAGCCAUCUCUUGUGUUUGGAGUCAUCAUGACACUGACAGAGAACAGAUUAACUCGCUGAUGCCUUACUAACUUUUCCUCCAGAUAAAGCCAGUGCUUUUUAAAGUCAGAAAAAUUUCACAUUUAUAGCAAAACUGCACCUGUUCACAUUGCUCUUAAGAAAAAAGAAGGAAUGCCCACAAUACCUUUUUUUUCUGUCAGGAAAUGUAUAAAAGGGAUUUAAUAAUAUAGAUCUUAAAACAUAUAGCAUUUAAUUGUUUUAACUUAUUCAUUCUUUGUCUUUGUAAUAGUUUUAGCUUAUUUAUUCUUUGUUUUUGUACAAAUGCCCUGUACCAUCACUGAGCAUGCAAAAAUAUAGAUAUACAUCAGCAGCUGUAAUGGAAAAAAAUAUGUAAUUGUUCAUUAACUAAUAUAUAUAUAUAUAUAUAUAUAUAUAUAUAUAUAUAUAUAUAUAUAAUAUAUAUAUAUAUAUAUAAACGUUUUUUUUUUUAACUACCCCAUUAGCAUGAGCAUUUUUUGUCUUAAUUUCACCUCCUUAAACAUUACAACUAAGUGUAUGCUUAAGUCAAAACCCAAACAAUCUGAACAGAUUUUAAGGCAAUUUGGAAUAACAUUUCUUUCAGAUAUUAGAACCAGACUCAACAUUUUAGCUAAAAAAGCCUGCUACUUAAGUAGGAAUCUUACUGUAGCCAUAGAUGCAGAAGACAAUAGAGGGUGCAAGGGCUGACUGAUAAAAAUGGUAUUGUUGAAAAUGAGAUGUUUUGUGUUGAAAAAAAAGAGUUUUCCUCACUUUGAUGUGUUGCACUGAGAUUGUCUGUUUGUAUUUGUGUUUUAUUUAUUUACGCAUAUUUCAACAGUGCUUUUUGCCAACUUUGAACACAUGCUGCAAAUAAAACUAAACCUUGUGCUUUCA